AUGAGCAUCAAGACCGAUAUUACUCUUUACACCGAGGGCACUCCUAACGGUCUUAAGAUCUCGAUUGCGCUUGAAGAGUUGGGCCUCGAGUACAAGGUUCGCUCGCUUGACUUCUCUAAGCUUGAACAGAAAGAACCAUGGUUCCUCGAGAUCAAUCCUAACGGUCGUAUUCCGGCUAUAACUGACAAGGACGAGAAUGGAAAUGAACUCAAGGUUUUUGAGAGUGGUGCCAUUCUUGAGUAUCUUGUGGGCAGAUACGACAAGGACCACAAAAUUUCCUACUUAUUUGGGUCCAAGGAACACUGGGAGACAACCAAUUGGCUUAUGUGGCAGAUGGGUGGCCUAGGACCUAUGCAGGGCCAGGCAAACCAUUUUGCGAGAUUCGCCGAUGCGGUCUAUCCGUACGCUCUCAACCGCUACGUGAAUGAGAGCCGUCGCCUUUAUCGUAUUCUCGAUGCCCAGAUUGCAAAGAAUCCUUCUGGCUAUAUUGUCGGUGACCAUGUGAGUAUCGCCGACAUUGCCUGCUGGCCUUGGGUCUGUGCCUGGACAGUUCCUGAUUUGGAAGAAUUUCCUAACGUCCAGAAGUGGAUGCAUCGACUCCUUCAGCGGCCCGGCUUUGAGAGGGGCCGCAAUGUCCCUGGACCCCACUACCACUUUGAAUUGAACAAGCUUUCUGAGGAAGAGCUGAACGAGCUUUCCAGUGUUAGGGGUUCCUGGGUUCAGGUGGGUAUGAAGCGGGAUGCCGAGGCUUAA